UUUGCCUUCGUUACUCGGUGGAAGUCACGUCAGGCUGUCAACAUGUAAGAUGGCGGCUCAUCACAGACAGAAUGCCGCUGGGCGGAGGAAAGUCCAGGUGUCUUACGUCAUACGGGAUGAGGUGGAGAAGUGCAACCGGAACGGGGUAAACGCCCUGCAGCUUGACCCUGCCCUGAACCGGCUCUUUACCGCAGGGAGAGACUCCAUCAUUCGGAUAUGGAGCAUCAACCAGCAUAGGCAAGACCCAUACAUAGCAUCGAUGGAGCACCACACAGACUGGGCCAACGACAUUGUGCUCUGUUGCAAUGGAAAGACACUGAUAUCUGCUUCAUCAGAUACCACUGUGAAAGUCUGGAAUGCACACAAGGGAUUCUGCAUGUCUACGCUGCGAACACACAAGGACUAUGUGAAAGCCCUGGCGUAUGCAAAAGACAAGGAGCUGGUGGCCUCUGCAGGUCUGGACAGGCAGAUCUUCCUAUGGGACGUGAACACAUUAACGGCACUAACAGCCUCAAACAACACUGUCACCACUUCCUCGUUGAGUGGGAACAAGGAUUCCAUCUACAGCCUGGCUAUGAAUCAAAUGGGAACAGUAAUUGUAUCUGGGUCCACGGAAAAGGUGCUGAGAGUCUGGGACCCUCGGACCUGUGCAAAACUAAUGAAGCUGAAAGGACACACGGACAAUGUCAAAUCGUUAUUGUUAAACAGGGAUGGCACGCAGUGUCUGUCGGGCAGCUCGGACGGGACCAUCCGCCUGUGGUCCCUGGGCCAGCAGCGCUGCAUCGCCACGUACAGGGUGCACGACGAGGGCGUGUGGGCCCUGCAGGUCAACGAGGCCUUCACGCACGUCUACUCCGGGGGCCGCGACCGCAAGAUCUACUGCACGGACCUGCGCAACCCCGAUAUCCGCCUGCUCGUCUGCGAGGAGAAGGCCCCUGUCCUCAAGAUGGAGCUGGACAGGUCAGCUGACCCUCCCCCGGCCAUCUGGGUCUCCACCACCAAAUCCUCUGUUAACAAAUGGUCGCUGAAGGGCAUUCACAAUUUCCGCUCAUCUGGUGAUUACGACAACGACAGCAGCGUUCCCCUGACCCCCCUGUGCUCACAGCCUGAACACGUCAUUAAAGGGGGAGCCAGUAUAAUUCAGUGCCACAUUUUGAACGACAAGAGACACAUUCUUACCAAAGACACAAACAAGAAUGUGGCCUACUGGGACGUGCUGAAGGCCUGCAGAGGUGAAGAUCUGGGGAAGGUGGAAUUUGACGAGGAGAUAAAAAAGCGCUUCAAGAUGGUUUACGUGCCAAACUGGUUCUCUGUCGAUCUGAAAACAGGGAUGCUGACAAUCACUUUGGAUGAGAGCGACUGCUUUGCCGCCUGGGUAUCAGCCAAAGAUGCUGGUUUCAGCAGUCUAGAUGGAUCGGACCCAAAGUUGAAUCUGGGAGGCCUGCUGCUCCAGGCUCUGCUGGAGUACUGGCCGAGAACGCACAUCAACCCUCUGGAUGAAGAGGAGAACGAGGUCAACCACGUGAAUGGAGACCAGGAGAACAGGAUUCAGAAGGGGAACGGGUAUUUCCAGGUGCCCCCGCACACCCCCGUCAUCUUUGGAGAGGCGGGAGGGAGGACACUGUUCAGGUUGCUGUGCCGAGACUCAGGUGGAGAGACGGAAUCCAUGCUGCUCAAUGAGACGGUUCCACAGUGGGUGAUCGACAUCACUGUGGAUAAAAACAUGCCUAAAUUCAACAAAAUCCCAUUCUACCUCCAGCCUCAUUCGUCUUCCGGUGCAAAAACACUAAAGAAGGACCGGCUCUCAGCCAGCGACAUGCUGCAGGUCCGCAAGGUGAUGGAGCACGUCUACGAGAAGAUCAUCAACCUGGACAACGAGUCGCAGACCACCAGCUCCUCGGCCAAUGAGAAGCCGGGGGAGCAGGAGAAGGAAGAGGAGGUGGCGGUUCUGGCCGAGGAGAAGAUCGAGCUGCUGUGUCAGGACCAGGUUCUAGAUCCCAACAUGGACCUGCGGACGGUGAAGCACUUCAUCUGGAAGAGCGGAGGGGACCUCACCCUGCACUACAGACAGAAGUCCACGUGAGCCCUGGCGGGACCUCACCCUGCACUACAGACAGAAGUCCUCGUGAGCCCCGGGGGGGGACGAGAGUCCUGCCGCCUCGCCCGUCGUCCCCCCCCCGACUCCUGCUCGGACCUCCAACCUCGUCAUCCCGGUCCCGAGAGCAGUGCCGCAGAGGGCCCACCCAAACCCUGCGUGGAGCUGCUCCUCCUCCUCCUCCCGCCUGCAGUGGCCCCCCGACCUCCUCACGCUCCCGGAGAGCCCGCACCUCGCACGGCAGCGUCGGGCCCAGUCGCCGGCAGGAGGAACGGCAGGAGGAACAGCAGGAGAAGUGUCCGAGCCGCGUACAGCGGGGGCAUCCAAUCAGACGCAACAUCCAAGGACAUCGACUUCUUUCCUUUUACCUAUCCCCUUGCUUUGUGUCCCACUUUGGUUUUCCUUUUCACUUCUAAUUUAAGAACCUUUACCUUCACUGUCAUUCUUUCUUGAUGGGGGGGGUUGGGGGUGCCAUUUUGCGAGAUGGCAUGUCAGGUUUUUGUGUGCAUCAGUGUUCACUUAGUGACUUCAAAGGUAAAUCUGCACAUAUUUGACCCUCCCCCACAUCCCCCUUCUCCUGAUACAUUCCAGAAGAAAGCCAUAUUUGUUAUUUUGGUGCUUGUCAACAUUGUGAGGAGAAUGUAGACUCUGAGGGAGUGGGACACAUUUCCCAUCAAAUACAUUUUGUAGGGAUAUUCAAUUGCCUGAUAUAUAUGCGAUUGACUUGGAUGGCGUCUCGGCAAUGUUCUUAUCGGUCGAAAGCACUGGAAAUAUGUAGAUUGUAAAAUUCAGAGAGCUUAUCCUUUUUUACCAGGAGUCAUUUCUUUAAUCCCCCCAGUAGAUAUUUUCUUGCCUAAAUUGUGGUCAACUUAUGGCAGACAGGUGUGGUUUUGGUUCAUCUUCUUUUUGUAAAUUAAAUCAACAGCGCCACUUUGUAGGCCAUUUCUUGAAUUGGCAAUUAAGUUAUUUACAUUACCUUCAGCAUGGUCAUUUCGUUUGUUUAUUUGAAAGGAUAAUAACUGGUUAAAUGAUUUAUGGAAAUGGAUUUAUGUUUUUGGAAAUGGUGCAUUUCUCAUAAUAGCAUAGCAGACCAGUUCCUUCUUAUCACACGACGACCAGUCGAACAAACUAUAAAGUUGUGUGUGCAGUGAAUUCUGGAAGAAACUGCCAAUUAUCAUCUAAUCCAACCAUCACAUUGUAGCUCUGUUCCAUUUUUAAAGUUUAUAUGCAAAAUAACUGAAGCUGUGCUCUGUGGAUCAUCAUGCAAUCGAAUGACUGGAAUUUGAACGUGCAGUGUUACAGGCUAGUUCAGUGAAAGGCAAGUCUCUUUCUUGAAAAUCCACAUUUUAUUUUUCAAAAGGAGUGAUUAAAGGGUUAACCCAAAAAUGAAAAAUGAAAUUCAACUUUCAACUUAUAGUGUUUCGCCGAGAUGUGACAGUUUUGUGACGACGAGAUGUGACGAUUUUCUAGAUCGCACGACUUUUUUUAGAUGCAGUUCACUGAUAUAAUGGACCUCUAUGGACCACUCCAUUUGUGGUAAUCUGUGCGCCGACCAUUUGCAUUUGAAAAACUCAACUGCAACGUCUCUUUCUAAAAAUAAUGCCACAGUUACUCGCGAACAUCAACGGAGCUCAAAAAUUCUAAUUUUUAUCCAGAACUAUUUUCCCUCUAUUUUUUCUCUGUUGCCUGGACUCACUAACGGUCGGCGCAAGCAAAGGUUUCUGCCGAAGCACAGCAGUAAAGUGACCAUCAAAGUAUAUAUUAGGCGGCUGUUAAAAUUUAGUGACUAUGACAUUAUAUUUUUAAAGAGAGGUUGCGGCUGAGUUUUUCCUAUGUACAUUUUUGGUGCAUCGAUAUCCAGAAAAGGAGAGAGAAAUACAGCGCCGUUGUAUCACAGUAAACUACGUCGAAAAAUCUCUUCACGUCUCAGCGAAAGUAUCUAGAUGGAAACGUACUUUAAUUUCAUUUUUGGGUGAACUGGCCUUUAAAAUAACAUUGUGUAAAUAAUUUGGUAGGUUAAAGUCAUACAGGUGACUGUGUUUAAAAAUCUGUACAGUAUUUUAGAUCCUCAAAGGAUCUUGGGGUUCAGUUUAUCAGGAUUUAUAAUCACUGUUUAUAGGUCCUGCUAUUGUAUAUUUCAUCUUUGGUCCAAAAAUAAACUUUUGAAGGAAGCUUA